AACAUACAAGAUCUUCGUCGCAGUUUGUGGCGUGUUGCAGUGGCUCAACGCGGAUUACCCUGAGUAAAUGAGUUCGACUCUCACAUUGAAUCCCCGAGGUUUCCUCCGGUGAGACAUUGGCGACCAGCCCAGAAGAAGAACUUUCGAGGAUCCUCGAGCGGUCUAGAACAUGUCGUCGUCGUCUUCUGACUCCGAGGAAGACGCUCGACUAAAAGCAGCCGCCGUGACAGUUACAGACAUUUUCACGGGCAAGGGCGCCCCCAAGAGCGAAGAUUCCGGCCAAGAUCAUUCUCGUAACGGUCGCUACGAUCUUGAUCCCGAGUGCAAGAAAUUCUUGGCUUCGAAGUUGGACGAAAUGCUUGAGAGAACCUACAAAUUCACCACCAAGAAGAUGGAAAGGAGUACGGAAUUUCCGACCCGAUCCGAAGCCGGGGGUGUACGUCUCUUUUCGAACUCCGCACCGUUGACGGAUGUGCCCCACUCCGAUGAAGAGCCCAGUAAAGCGAAGAAGCGCAGGAAGAAGAAAGACAUCCUCCCGAAGACAUCCGCCACGGAUGAUAUGUUGAGAGCGUGUGCAGUCUCUGCGGACUGGCUUAAGCACCAGAAUCCACUGAGGAAGACGUCGUGA